CCCCACUCAUAUAUAUAUCGCCCCCACCCACUCUCUACUCUAAUCCAUCUUCUUCCAUAUCACGUCUACCACUGACAACCUCACCUCCAACAACAUCUGCCUCAACUUUCAAGUCAGUUCUAUAUAUCAAGGUACCACACUUCCACACGCGGGUGCUAUAUAUAUGCUAACUCUUUUCACAAGAUAACUCAUCAUGUCCUUCUCAACAGCCUCCGCCUAUACCCUUCCGUCCUCAUCCUCCACACCCUCAUCCCCCAACAAAGCUCCCGCUAUGCUCGCCCUGAAGGAUGCAUUCGCCGAGGUCAAUGAUCUGACUGCCUGGCGUCACUGUCUCGGUGUAGAACGCCUCAAUGGAAUCCCGGCCAUUGCAAACGAACUUGCCAAUCAUACCAUCGUGGUAUGCCUCGACUGCGAACACUGGUCUACCAACAGUGAUGAGACAACUGAGAUAGGCAUCGGAACCUUCUCAACGCAGAGCAUGUUCCCCUUAGUCCAGGGCGACAACCUUGGUGAUCAUGGAGAGAACUUGAUGAAGCGCAUUAAGUUCUAUCUGCUACGCACCAUCGAGACUUCCCACCUACCAAAGACCAACCCAAAUUCAAGGGGAGUAGAGGGAAACCGCUUCGGUCAAGGCCGCUUCGUCACAUUCUCCGAAGCGCGAAACAUCCUCCACAACGUCUUCGCGCAACCAAUCACCGACGUCAAUAGCCUGAAAGGCUACAACCACCCCAUCGUUGUUCUUGGUCAUGACAUCAGUCAUGACAAAGACAAUCUCAAGGAGAAAGAUGUCGCCUUUGACAUCGAUGCACUCGGUACGGUUGUACGCUACAUUGACACCCAGGUGCUCGCACGCGAUGUCAAAUUCUGGCUCAAGCCAAAGGAGAAGAUCGGCCUAGCGAACCUCGUGAAGAGUCUGUGGUUCGAGCACAGUGACUCCCAUACGGCAGCGAACGACGUCGGCCGGACAGUCAUAUCUGCAGUUCAGCUUGCACUGCAUAGGCAUACAUGCAAGAGGAACUGCAACAAGACAAUGCUGGAAGUUGCAACCAAGAUCGAGGACCACAGCCGUCUUAACUUCGCGUCUAUCGGUGGUAGUACGUUAUACUGCUGGAAGUGUGGCAGCCACAACCACAUGCACAUUAAUUGCAGGGCGACUGGACUCCACUGCAACGAGUGCUGGUCAAAGGGUCGUUACCAGGAGGCACGUACCCACAUCACCCUCCACUGCAUGCACCUUGCGUGGGAGAAAGCCACAGCUCGACGCCAGAGGCAUGACCAGGCUCGGGCUGCUUAUGCACUAGCUCGACAACCACCUCGUAGUCUACCACGUUAUGCAGCUCCGCCUGGUCCACAAGCCUACUACCCCAACAGCUUUCCCGCAGGCUAUACCCACAACCCUGCACCACCUCUGGCCCCUGGCAUGUUGACACGUCCUCACUUUCCAUCUCCUGGAGGAUUCCCUUCCGGAAGAGGAUAUGGCCGUGGCAACGUGCCGCCAGGCCCUGGUGCAGGUGGUUACGGUGUAGCACGGAAUGGUGGUGGAGUGGGCUAUGCUAACGCGCAGCUUAGUACUCCUCGAGGUGGUGGAUACAUGGGUGGUUCUGAUUCGCGUGGCGGGUGGGGUGGUGGUUAACGAUAGUGAGGAGAGAGUUUCGCGUGUGCUGUUGUCCUGUAGUGUUGUCCUGUAGUGUUGUCCUGUAGUGUUGUCUCGAGCUGUCCAUUAUGGUGAGGUAGUUAUAAUGAUACCUAAGUUCAAUUUACUGUGUAUCUUAGAGUAAACACGGAGCAUUUCAGUACAUCUACAGGGUUCAGAUGGAGGUUGGAGAGAUGGCGAAAGCCUCCUGAGUGCUGCAUGCCUUGAACUUAUCGAUCGUGUAAGUGAAGUGAGC